AUGUCUGAGAAGACCGCCAGCACGGCGAAGGAGUUCAUGGUAGGGGCGGCCGGGGGUAUAACGCAGGUCAUUAUUGGCCAGCCAUUCGAUAUCGUCAAGGUGCGCAUGCAGGUGCAAGCAAACAGAAGCGCCGUCCAGGUUGCUCGUGAUAUCUGGAAGCAUGAGGGGGCUUUGGCUUUUUACAAGGGCACACUCCCACCCCUCAUCGGCGUCGGAGCAUGCAUAAGCAUCGUCUACUCAACAAACCACACAAUAUCCCACUCCCUCCAAUCCCUCAACAAUGGCCAACCCCUCACAACCCCCCAAACAUUCCUAUCAGGCGGCCUCGCCGGCCUCGCAAACAGCCUCAUCUCCGGCCCAACAGAGCACAUCCGGAUCCGACUCCAAACCCAGUCUCAAGGUCCCUCCCCAAACAUCACCUCCACACAACCGUAUAACGGCGUUCUCUCCUGCAUCCGCCACAUCACCGCGCACUCCGGGAUACCGGGCCUCUACCGCGGCCAGGUCCCGACGAUGCUCCGCGAGUUCGGGAGCUACGGGGUGUGGUUUUCUGUGUAUGGCUAUCUUGUAUCACGCCUCACUCCGCCUUCUUCUUCCUCUUCUGCAACAACCCACCAGACCCAACCAGAUACUGCGGGUGCGAGCGCAGUCCCAAAGUGGAAAACAGCCACCUGCGGCGCCAUCACGGGCGUGGUCCUCUGGGCCGCGAACUACCCGUUCGACGUGGUCAAGAGCAAGAUGCAGGCGGAUGGGUUUGGGGCUGAGCAGAGGUAUAAGAGUAUGAGGGAUGUGGUGAGGCAGACGUGGAGGGGGCAUGGGGUGGGAGGGUUUUGGAGGGGUGUUGGGACGGCGAUGGGGAGGGCGGUGCCGGUUUGUGGGGGGACUUUUGUGGUGGUUGAGAUGAGAUGA